UUGAUCCUGGGCUGCAGUGAACCAUAAUUGUGCCACUGCACCCCAGCCUGGGUGACAGAGUGAGACCCUGUCUCAACAGAAGAAAAAAAGAGUUUCUUAAAUGUUCAGAGGUAUAUCAAAAGAAUACUAAAAGGAUAUUUGGUAUUGGUAGAAACUUUGUCAACCCCGCAAAUCUUUAAGAGUGGGCAAUUUGGAAAAGUGUAGAGUGUAGACUAGAGGCACCUGUGAUACCUUCAGAGUAUAGACUAGAGGUGCCUGUGAUACCUUGAGCAGCCCUGUGAGUCAGAAAGUCCAACAUGGCAAUAUGAGGCCAGAGACCAAGUGAUGCUUAGGAUGCUCUCAGAAGUCCCCUGAACACAUUCGACUUAAGCGUGGAUGACAGCUCCUUUGGAAUUCAAAUUACGUUAUAUCUUCAAUAUGGAUACAAAACUAAGGCUUCAACCAGAAUCUGAGGCAAGAGUAUAAGUAAAGGCCUAUGUAUCAAGUUAUAAACCAAACUGCUAAAUAAAAUAACAUCUUCCUCCCUUAACAAGUAUACUUUCAUAACAACCCGAGGGCUGCAUUUCCUAUGCUGGAGUUCUAUGACAGAGCAUGGUGGCUUGGGGAAAUCUUGCCCUCUGGCCCUCUCUUCCCUUUUCUUCCCAUCUCUGACUCUAUCCUGUCCCCUCACACCCAUGUAUGAGCAUGGACACUUCAGCCUAUACAUCCAUGCCAUCCACCUCCCUGACAAACAGCUGAUCCUUGGACACCCCUAGGCAUUGGGAUAUGUACCUGAUGUCAUGGUCUGUCUUCAGGAAUGAACCUGGAGAAAUUGCCAUUGCAAGGUUUGGAGUAAGGCUUGGAGCCCCUUGGACAGAGAAUCCCAUCAUUCCCUCCAUGGAUCAUGGUCCAGAGAGGAAGACUUGGGCCCUGGAUGGGCACGUCCUCCUGGCCCCAUGGACUCCAGUUCUAAUAGAAGCAAGGCCUCCAACAAUCCACCCCCUUGCUCUAUGGAUUUGAGUAGUUUAAGUUACAGAUAUACCGUUAGUCAUUGAGGGUCUUAUUACUAGUGGUCAAUAAUUUCCACAUUUUAUUAAAUGUACAGAUAACAAGGGUUGUGCCAUCUCAACCCCUUGACUCAUGUUGUAUCCUUGCUAAGAUAAUUCUUAUAGGCAAAUAACAGAUACAGAUCAUACAUUUUACUUUACAUGGGAGCAUUGCUCUAUCCUCUGGCUGUACCCAUUUAUUCAUUAUCAGUUGAUUUAAGCUGUUAGAACCAACUUUGGUUAGGAAUAUAGAGAGUAGUUUUAAUGCUUUUCUCUUACAGGUUUGGUUUUUCUCUUUUCCUUGAUUAUAGCACUCUAUUUAAGCUGGUUCGCAAACCAUCAGUGAAAUUCCAGGGACAGCUGAAUGGUGCUGGCGGCAAGGGUCCCAGCGAGCCAGACUGGUGGUGUACUGUUAGCCUCCUUCCUGGGUGCUUUGGGCUGUCCCUUACCAGGAUCUGAUUUGUGACCAUUUCUGCCUGUUAGUUAAGCCAAGGCUUAGAGCAGCAAGGGCUUUCCCCAUGUAUGGUAUUUAAAUCUCUCAACCCCUACAUUACUCUGGUCCUUCUUCCAAAGAACUGUCAUUGCCAGCACCCGUAUCUCCUACCACUGAAAGUGGCAGAGAGUUUAGCUAACUCCACAUGAAUGAUCAAGUUUUUACAUGUUUUUACAUUUAAUAAAAAGGCAAACUCCACUUUUAAGGAUGUGACAUAGAGAUGUGGUAGCGGAAGUUGCUGUGAAGAACUCUGUCUCAGUUAGAGGCGUCUGCACCUUCAGGAAACCUGGAAUUUCUAGAGGCUGUUAUUUGCUUACACGUGAGGCAGUGGAGCAUAGUGGUUAAGAGCAGGUGGUCUGGCACUGAACUGUGAAUUUAAAACCUGGCUCUAGCACUUAUCACCAAGACCCAGUCACAGAAGAUCUUAUUAGACGGAAUGCUGAACACAAUGACUGUGUCAUUUUUUCCCUGGAGGAACUCUCCUUGCAUCAGCAAGAAAUAGAAAGACUAGAACACAUUGAUAAAUGGUGCCGGGAUUUAAAAAUUCUCUAUCUUCAAAAUAAUCUUAUUGGGAAAAUUGAAAAUGUUAGCAAACUCAAGAAACUUGAAUAUUUGAAUUUAGCUUUAAACAACAUUGAAAAAAUAGAAAACUUGGAAGGAUGCGAAGAGCUGGCAAAACUUGACUUGACUGUAAAUUUCAUUGGAGAGCUGAGCAGCAUUAAAACCUUGAAGCACAAUAUCCAUCUAAAGGAGCUCUUUCUCAUGGGGAACCCAUGUGCUUUCUUUGACCACUAUAGAGAGUUCGUGGUAGCAACUCUUCCACAAUUAAAGUGGUUGGAUGGUAAAGAAAUAGAGCCUUCAGAAAGGAUUAAGGCAUUGCAGGAGUAUUCAGUAAUUGAACCACAAAUCAGAGAGCAGGAAAAAGAUCACUGUCUUAAACGAGCCAAACUCAAAGAAGAGGCUCAGAGGAAACACCAAGAAGAGGAUAAAAAUGAAGACAAGAGAAGUUACGCAGGCUUUGACGGACGUUGGUACACAGACAUCAAUGCUACUCUUUCCUCUUUAGAGAACAAAGACCACCUACAGGCACCAGACACAGAGGAACACAACACAAAGAAAUUAGAUAACAGUGAAGAUGACUUGGAAUUCUGGAAUAAGCCCUGCUUAUUUACUCCUGAAUCGAGAUUGGAAACUCUUAGACACAUGGAAAAACAACGGAAAAAUCAGGAAAAAUUAAGUGAAAAAAAGAAGAAAGUGAAACCACCCAGGACUUUGAUCACUGAAGAUGGGAAAGCCCUAAAUGUAAAUGAGCCCAAAAUUGACUUCUCUUUGAAAGACAAUGAAAAGCAGAUCAUCCUGGACCUUGCUGUCUAUAGGUAUAUGGAUACCUCUUUAAUCAAUGUUGAUGUGCAACCAACUUACGUGCGAGUAAUGAUCAAGGGAAAGCCAUUUCAGCUUGUCCUUCCUGCAGAAGUGAAACCCGAUAGUAGUUCUGCUAAAAGAUCUCAGACAACAGGUCAUUUGGUCAUCUGCAUGCCCAAGGUAGGAGAAGUAAUCACAGGUGGUCAACGAGCAUUCACAUCUGUGAAAACUACCUCGGACAGGAGCAGAGAACACAUAAACACAAGAAGCAAGCACAUGGAGAAACUAGAAGUAGAUCCUAGCAAGCACUCAUUCCCUGAUGUGACUAACAUAGUUCAAGAGAAAAAACACACACCCAGAAGACGACCUGAACCCAAAAUUAUACCAAGCGAGGAAGACCCAACCUUUGAAGACAACCCUGAAGUGCCUCCGCUGAUUUGAAAUAUCUGGCUGCGUUGCCACUGGCUGAGACCCACCAGGUCCAGUUUUGGUUGGUGUAGAGGCCACAUGCAUAUUAUUCCUGGAAUUAACACAGAGUUAUUUGUCAAUAUCGCUACUCCAGUGUUUUAACUCUUACUUUGCAUAGUAAUAUUCUUAAGCUAGCUUAAAAUUAAAAUGUAUGUCUUAAAUGCUAUAACUCAUCAUUUACCUAUAAUAAAGGGUUGGUAUUGAAAAUGUUUAGUAAGAUCAUAGAACUAUUGCAUAAAACAUUGAUUAUAAAUCCCAAAAUUGUCUACUUAUAGAAAGUAUUAAUUCAUAGAUAAAAGGACUGAGUAUUAAAUUGGUACUUCAG